AAAUCAAUUCUAUUCGAUCGUUUACAAUCGUUUGUUUUGUCUGAUUGCAUUGCAUCGCGUCGAUUAAUUGUCCAUGUUUUUCUAUUAUAACUCAACAAAUUUGAAUUGAUUUUAAAAACGUUAAAAUACUAAAAUGUGGGAUACAAUGAUUUACGUAUUUAUAAUUAUAUUGGUGACAUACGUUGUGAAACAAUUAUUUUCAGAAACGCCGAAUUUCGUAAAGUUUAAGUCGAAAUUUCUUAUUUUCUACAUUUGGGCUUCAAUUACAGCCAUAGUUUUAAUGCCGUUUUUUGUUUUUAAUCCGAAAAACGUUAAAAAUGCACUAUUUGGAUCCCAAAUAAUAAAGCAUGUUACUAAAGUAAUUGAAGUAAAAUGGCAUUUGAGGAAUGGAAAAGUUCUAGCUGAAGACCAUGGAGCUGUGGUGGUGUCAAAUCAUCAGUCAACAAUCGAUAUUUUAGGAAUGUUCAACAUAUGGCAUGUGGCAGACAAAGUUGCUGCCAUAGCCCGGAAAGAAGUUUUCUAUGUUUGGCCAUUUGGGCUUGCAGCUUAUCUGGCUGGAGUCGUGUUCAUAGACAGGAACAAUUCUAAAGAUGCUUAUAAGCAGCUUAAAAUCACCUCAGAGGUGAUGGUCAAAAACAAGACAAAAAUCUGGUUGUUCCCUGAAGGGACAAGGAAUAGAAAUUUGACAAAACUAUUGCCAUUCAAAAAGGGGGCAUUCAACAUAGCUGUGGCAGCGCAGGUCCCCAUCAUCCCAGUUGUGUACUCGCCCUACUAUUUCAUCAAUAGAGAGAAAUAUAUCUUCAAUAAAGGUCAUGUUAUAAUUCAGUGUCUGGAGCCAAUACCGACUGAGGGCUUGACGAUGGACGACGUUCCUGAGUUAAUAAACCGGGUCUACAACGCUAUGGACACCUUGUACAAAGAACUUUCCAAGGAGGUGUUGAGCGCACUCCCGGCUGACUACCCUCUACCCACCAAAUAAAUGAAAAAACUGAAUUUUAUGUAUAGAUAAGUAAUAAGUCCCAUCGUUUUGAUGUAAGUAUAGCAUAAUAUUUGCCGUGUGUGCGCCGUGUUGUCAAAUAAGAGAAAAAGAAAAGUAGACACUAUUCUUUGAAUUACAGAUUGUAGUUAACUACUACAAUCUGUGAUUAAAGCAUGUGGUAGUGUUCUAAAUCCAGAGACCGAUCGUGUUCUUUUCAAUCAAUCUAAUUUCUUUUGUAAUGUAAUGUUGUAUUGUUUAUCACCAACUUUUAGUAUCAAUUGAACAUCGGAAUCGGGACCAUUGUAUCAGAGACGCAUAAAUGCCAAUUUCUCUAGUGAGGAAAAAGAUCUCGGAAGCUUUAAGGCUCCUAAAAUUAAUGGAUAACUUGAGUAUUGUUUAUCAUUGAAGGCAACCACGUUUAGUUCUUAAGUUGAUAUACAGAAUUGAUUAUAAUGCGUUACAAGUUACGACAGUCUGACCAGUGGCCAUACCAACCUACUUUGUAUACAAUAGGCGUUCAUUAGUUUGUGUUCGAUUGCGUUAUAAUUUCAACUUGAAUAUUAAACAUUCAAACAAUGGACCUGUUUUUAAUUGCCAAUGUUUUAUGUCAAGACUGUUUAAAUAUUUAACCGAUAUAUUUCGUUCAAAAUGUUCUUUUUACUCGAUUGAUAUUUGAACUAAUAAUUGUUUUUUCUAAAGAAUACCAUAUUUAAUGUGAUAUAUUUUUUAGUAUUACUGCAAUCCUUUCUGAUGAAAUUUAAAUUUGCAGCAUACAAUUUAGAUAAACUUAAUAUUGCAAAUAGUUAGAUUUAAGUUCUUUAUGCCAAUAGAACAGUAUUACUCGUAUAACUUAAAUUACAAUUUCAACAUUGUAUUAAGCGAUAACGCGCGUUUAUCGCAGAAAUACUUGACUGUGCUCGCUUGUCGCCUUGCUUAAACCAUCGAUAAGUUACGCUCUAAAUAAAUCAUACCUACCUUAGUCCAAUAUAGGUACUUACGUUCAGGGGUAUCUUUUAUAAUCCAUCAAACUCGUCAAAUAAGUGCCAAUCUGUCUUAAGAUAUGAACUUAUUUUAAAUGAUGCUUUUCAUUUGCAUAUUGUUUUUUUUUAUUCAAUCCUACCAAUUCCUUUUGGCCACUUCUUAUAAAUGAGGCUUCGGUUAUUGCCAGAAAGCUUAGGGCAAUACGAUUUAUCUAAGUGAUUACUUAUAAUGUGCUAGUCACUUGUCCAAACUAUUGGAGUUGAAUAUUAAUUUAUUUUUCAUUCCUUUCAUUACACCCCACGUGGCCGUGACAGAAGUUCAGAACUCUGAAAGCAUAUCAAAUACACUAUACAAAGUGUGAUAGUCUAAGCUUAGACUAUUUUUUCAUUGAUCUUAUUAUAGCUAGCAACAUCUGAUAUUUAUCAUAGUAUUGUCAUUUUUUAAUAUUAAAUUAAACAGUAUAAAUCCAGUAUUUGACACUGUGAUUCCGAAACAACAAUUAAAUCUAUUAUUGUUUAAAGUAAGGAAUGAUUCAAAAAUUUUUUUGUUCAAUGAAAUUGAAUUUAUUGUGCCAUAUAUAUUUUUAAUUGUAUGAUUGACGGGACCAGUAUUUUUUUACUAUUUUCGUCAUUUUUAUCUUUUUUGUGCGUUAGAUAUCACAAUUUCCUUUUAUAUAACAGGAAUAUGUUAGAUCGUAGUAAAGACCCCUAUAAAAUGCACAGAUUUUUAAAUACCUACACCCGUUUCAAUAUUUUGAAACAUUUAAAAGUCUAUAAAAAUAUAUUUUUUGACUGAAAAUUCUAACAGAUUUGAAAUCAGAAAAUAACCAUAGGUACCAAUUGUGCUCUUUAAAAUUAUCUUUCUUUUUUGUUAUUGUAAAAAUAAAUAAUCAAAUUAUGUUCUGGAGUAUGUGUUGCUGUUGUAUAUGUCUGUAUAUGUUUAUAUAUAUAUGAUGUUAAUUGUUGAUAACGUCUUUGUAGUCAAGCACUUCUACUCGUUUGUAAUUGAUAUAUUAUUUGUAUUCACAAUAUUUGACGUGAUUUGGUCAUUGUUAUUCGCGACACUUGUUUUGUUAUUUACCACACAAUUUUGCAUGAGAAUUCACCUUUGAAACGCGGAGAGAUCUUGAUAAGUUUACUAUAUCUAAUGACUCUCAAGGGCUUUAUAUUUUUAAUAAUUAAGUCAACAUUUUGACUUGAUUAGAGUGUGCGGAUUUCUGUCUAGUACCUACUAUAAUCAAACUAGCAUACUAUAAUUGUCUUAAAAGUAAGUGAAAGUCGUAUUAUACUCUUAAUGAUACUACCAAAAAUGUUUAUUCGUGUAUUUGUGAUAUAGCCGUAAUUAUAUCUUGUGUAUACUAUUAUUAGAGACAAAAAU